AUGGUUAUUUUUAUGCCAUAUUAUCGACAACAUGGUCAACUAUUUCAACCACAUACUCGUACUCAACCACCAUCAAAUGGUUCAAAUAAUAAUACAACAACAACAACAACAGCAGCAACCAUUCGAAUUAAUCGUUGUAAAUUUAUAUCGAAUAUGUUUUGUCGUUUUAUAUUUUCUCUUCUUUUACUUACAAUAUCACUUUUCUUAUUUCGAAUAUCCGUUGAAAAUGCAUCAGAUCAAAAGGAAGGAUCAAAUAUAAUAGCUGCUAUUCUAUUAACUAUUUCAAUUGUUUCAUUUAUACGAACAUGUCAAAAAUUAAGACGAUAUUUUAUUAUAUUAGAUACAAGACGUCGACUUAUACAAAGGUUACGUUAUAGACAACUAGCAUAUGAUUUAGAAUUAGCAUUAAAUAAUAUUGAAAAUCCAAAUUCUUUGAGAAAUGUCAAUACUGAUUUACCGUCAUAUAAAGAAUUAUUUCCUUCUCAUCCAAAUUUACAUAAUAGUAGUAAUGAUCCAUCUUCAUCAUUACCACCACCAUCGUAUGAUGAUUUUGUUAAAAAUUUUGUUAUUCGUCAUCCAACUACAAAUUUUCCACUAUCAUCAUUACCACCACAUUCAGUUUCAUUAACAAGUUUAUCAUCUUCUUCUCAAUCACAAACAAAUCCAACACGAUGUAUUUGGCUUACUGAUCGAACACGAAGACCUCUAUGUAUUCGUGGUACUGUGACAUAUGUAUAG